AUUCAAGAUUUAACAAGCAAAAUAUUGGAUGAUCUUGUUGAGAUAAGCAGUUUUGUUGGUAUUGAUUGGGCAAAGAAACUUGCAAAAGUUGAAAUAGCUGUUGAGAUAAAGGAUUUUGUUGCUGAAGUGGAAGAUCUUGUAAUGGAAGUCGUUGUUGAGGUGAGAGGUAUUGUUGAAGUGGGUGGUAUUGUUGAGGUGGGAGGGAUUGUUGAGGUGGGAGAUAUUGUUGAGGUAGGAGGUAUUGUUGAGACAAAAAAUCUUUCAAAAAGUAAAUGGUCCUCUGAUCCAUCUGUUGCAAUUGAAAUACCACAACACUUAAAGGAGUAUUUAAUUAGUUGA